AUGUUCACCAACACCCUGGCUAGCUGGUCCCGCGCCGAGCACCCGUCACUCGGCUACAUCCUCACCUACUUCACGCGGCUCUCCCUGUGGAUCCCCACCAGGUCGCGGCCUCACUCGCUCCUCCACAAAGCUCUUUUCGCGUUUGUCAUCGCAAUGUUCUUGAACCAGGUCCUCUACGUGGCUCUAAAGCAGGAUAUGAAAGCGGUGUUGGUGUUUCUGCAACUACUGGUCUAUAACAUCGGAGUGGUUAAGAUGUUGUCGUACAUCGUGUUCUACCGGCAGUGGAACACGGUCGUGACGAGCGUGUCAGAGAUGGAGCUGACCUUCUGUCUUGACAGCAACUGCCGUGCGGCGGUUCGGAAAUACUCCAGCCAUAACCGUAGACUUGUGGCUUUUGUUUUGCUCCUCACCGUGCUGAUUUGCGUCUACACGGCCCCUAACCGGGUCUACAAUCAAGUGAAGCAUUUAAUCCGUGGUGAAGAGUUGUCUUUAGAGCGCCGGUUCUUCUACUUCUGCUGGCCGGAGCCUGUGGCUGGGCUGUCCGGCUUUCUAUACAUACUGGUUGAGGAGAUGGUCUGUUUCUCUAACGUGAUGUAUUCAGUGGCUUGGGACAUCCUGACCACGAGCUGCAUGGCGACAGUGGCGGGGCUGCUGGCCGUGGUGGCCGUGGAGUUCAGGCAGACCCUGGACGAGGGCACUGAUGAGGAGAAGAUAAAGCGACUCAUCAAGUGCUACCAGCUGUACCAGCGGAUAAUAGAGACCUACAAGGUGUCGCACAGGGUGGUGGACCCGGUCCUGUUCAUGUACCUGCUGAUGACGUCCGUCAAUAUCAGCAUCACGAUAAUCUCUAUCAAGAACACGACCAGCCGUUUGGAACUGCUUGAAUACUGUGGUUUGAUGUUUGGGAUUGUGGUCCAACUCUUCAUCUAUUACUGGCAUGGGCAGAUGGUUAUUACUAACAGCGAAGCAGUGAGCUACUCCGUGUUCUGCAGCGCGUGGGCUGCGUGCGCGGCGGCGCGGCGUCCCGUGCACGCCGUGGGCCACGCCGCCGCGCGCCGCCUGGUCUACCACGCGGGGCCGUUCAAUGAGGUCUCGCUCAUUACGUUUAUCUCUAUCCUAAAGUUCGCCUACAGCUUCUACACAUUGAUAACCCACUGAUUCAAGAGCAAGAUAUCAAAAACAACCUAAUCAAGGGUAAUGUCAAUAAAUAAAUAUCCAACGUGUAGCAGUUUAUUCCACCCGCACUUAGAUUAAUUAAACUCUGUUAGAAACAUCAACAAGGGACGGCUAGCUCCGAAGUGAAACAACAAUAAGUAUCAUGAAAUAUCAACAACUUUAAUGAUUGAAUAUUAUAUACAAGAACAAUAUUUAGAUACAAAUAUUUAACAAUUACUUUCACAUUGGUGUUCCUACUUGAAACCUGGCAAAUGAAGUAACUUUCAAAGUACAUAUUUAUAGUAAACACAUUUCAACUAUAUCUAAGCGCGUCGGCCUAUCGUCUGUUAGUCCAAUAAAACAACAAAGCUGCAGUCACACUUGUUGCGAAAACUAUCAAAGUUAAG